UUGUUGAAUUCCAUCGUUUCUCUUUUUUUUCAGCUCUCUAACGAUUGUGUUCGCCAGUUUCAUUUCUAAUUUAAAGUCAGCGAAGAUACGCAAAAGGAAGCAGGAGAAGAGCGAACAGUUUUUGAAUACUUUGAUUGUGAUCGAAGUGGGGAUAAAAAGCUAGCUUUCCUUCGUUGCAUAAAAUUGCACUUUUAGAAAAAAAACACAUCGCAGUUAUAAAAUUCGGACCAAAAUUUAAACCGCGGCGGAAAAUUACAAGUCUUAUCAACAGGGAAAUGCGAGGUUCUUGUUUAACGACCAUGCAUUCUUAUCAGAAUGAGUUUCAAGAUAUAGAAAAGAAAAAUAAUUUGUCGUUGUACGCACGUGUUCUGCAUGCAUUUCUAUCUGUUCUCGAGUCCUCAAAGGAGAAAUCUCAAGUCGACGCGGAAGAAACUGGAAAUAUUUCUACGAGGGAUCUUGAUCGAUGCUUUAUUAAUUUACAUGAUAUAAACAUAUGUGAGGCCGUAAGGGAGAAAGUGCAUGUGCUCGUUUCUCGCUCGUGGCGCUUUUAUGGGAGCGAUCGAUUGUGGAUUUUGAGGCAGCGAAAUAAGAGGCAGCGUCGUCGUACGAUUGUCGUAGACAUGCCGCACGUAUUGCUGGGCGAUUCGAUCGCGGUAGAAUUGGAAGCUCAGGAGCCAUGGCCACAACCAAUUACCUUGUAUCAGCCAUACGAAGUCGAGCAGAUUCUGCUUCCCGACAAUGCAAACUGUCUUGCAGUACAGGCUUUCCUCAAGAUGUGUCAGCUCGAUUUUCAAAUAGAACCGAGGAAGAAUGCAGAGUUUAUGUCACCGUCAGGCCGCGUGCCCUUCAUCAAGUGCGGCACAAAGUUAAUAUCUGAGUUUGAUGGUAUAGUGGCACACAUAGGAAGUAAAGGAAUAAGUCUCUCCGAUCAUCUGGAUCCUGAUGGCAAAGUGGACAUGAGAGCAUACCAAUCUCUUGUUAACAAUGUAUUUGUUAAUGCUGAGCUAUACAUCUGCUGGGUAAACCCUGUGAUUUUAAACGUCACAAAGCAGAGGCACGGAAGUGUAUAUCCUUGGCCACUUAAUCAUUAUCUGAAUUGGCAGAAGAGACGAGAAGUCAUAAAAAAACUCAGCAUACUCGGCUGGUACAACAAAAGUUUGGAUGAAGUUUUCGAUGAUGUAAAGAAGUGUUGCAUAGCAUUAUCUGAGAGGCUAGCGGACGAAGAAUUUUUCUUUGGGAAAGACAAACCCAACGAGUUGGACGCUUUGGUUUUUGGUCACAUAUUCACGAUAAUCACGACGCCGCUACUUGACAAGCUGGCUAUGAUCGUACAGGAUCAUCCGAAGCUCGUGAAUCUCUGUAAACGCAUCGAGAUUAGCUUUUUUUCUCCUCAAGCUAUAGACAGUCAGACUAAUGAAACGCUGGAGUUCAAGAAUUAAGCCAAUGAUCCAACCGUAUCGAGGAUAUCGAAUUAAAAGAAAACGACACGACUUUUGUCUAAACUAAAUUCAGACGUGAUAUCCCAAUAAGUCAGGCAAUAAAAGCAUGCCAAAACACGUUGAAGCACGGUUUUCGGAAGCUAUUUACUAGGUAUAAAAUCUCGUGUUCAUAAAAUGUACCGCCGAUUAUGUCAUAUCAAUGUUCCUGGUGAUAUCUUUCUAUAUAUUUAUAAUUAUUUUAUUCAAGUAUGUAAUUAGUAAUAUGUAUAUUAUUAAGCGCGCACUAUUACGUUAAAGUAUAUCGUGUAUGUAAAGUAUACAUGUACAGUAAUGUAGAUGCAGGGAGAAACAAUUUUCUA